UCAGGCCAGCGGUGUGGCGGAAGUGCUUGACAGACAAACAGGAAGCGAAGUCAUAGUUUGGUCAUGAUCUCACCGACUUUCUCCAACUUUUAAAUCCAGUCCUCGGCAGCCAUGGGCGGCUCUGCCAGCAUUCAGGUGCCGGGAGGAGGAACUGGAGGUUACCAUGUCCUCAAAGUCCAGAAGAAUUCUCCAGGUUAUCAUGCAGGACUGGAGCCCUUCUUUGAUUUCAUCCUCUCAGUAGGUGACACCAGGCUAAACAAAGACGGCGACACUCUGACAGACUUGCUGGAGAGGAACGCAGAGAGACCCAUCCAGAUGUUGCUGUACAGCAUCAGGACCUCGGCUGUCAGGGAGACGGCGCUGGUCCCCAGCAAGGUGUGGGGGGGCAGCGGUCUGCUCGGCAUCACCAUCCGCUUUUCCAGCUUCCAAGGAGCCAGAGAAAAUGUUUGGCAUGUCUUGGAGGUGGAGCCAAACUCUCCUGCAGCAAUAGCUGGCCUACAGGCCUAUGAUGACUACAUUAUAGGCGCUGACUCUUUCCUGGAACAGAGCGAGGACCUCUUCAUCCUCAUUGAUGCCUCUGAAGGGAGGCAGCUGGAGCUCCAGGUCUACAACACAAACUCAGGCGACUGCCGCGAGGUGCUUAUCACCCCAAAUGGCAAUUGGGGGGGAGCGGGCAGUUUAGGGUGUAGGGUGGGUUACGGCUACCUGCACAGGGUGCCUGACUCCUCAUCCUCCAGGCAGGUGGGUCUCACCGCCGUCCUUCCAACUCUGCCACUCAGCGCUGGAUUAGAGCAGUCUGGCCCUGCCUGCACGUCUUCGGAUCUGAUCAGCAUCAAGACAGAUGCAGCCGUCCAUGUUGACCUCCUGACCUCCUCGCAGGGCGUCGGACCACCUUUAGUCCAUCCUGCUGCCACACAAGGUCUUCUCCCAGCCUCUGCAUCCACUCUGCCUUCACGCCACCAUUUCCUUCCUACAUCUCUCACAAUAGACGAAACCGUUCCCUCGUCUGCUGUCCAAGCCAAGGAUUUGGGGUCAAACGGUGUGGUGGAUGACCAGCGGUGACCCAGAGAGUAUCGUGUGUGUGUGGCCUGCUAGUUUCAUCAUGCAGAGAACUUUAUGGAAGGGUUGAGGUCAGGUUACUAUUAGUAUGUGGGACUACUUGCUGGAAAGUAAAACAUUUUUUGUAAUGUUUUUGAUUUCGUUGAAACAAUUGUAAAGUGAGAUAUUAAAGCUGUUGCGUCACCUCCUUUUUAUACUAAUGUAGUACCACUCAAAGCCACAGGGUGUCAGUAUAGUCCCACAGUACAUCAUCCGGAGGGGAUGUGUAUCAUUAUGUCCAUCGUCAGCCAGGCUUUAAAAUAAAUUACACCUACAAAUCUUCCCUAUGACUGCACCCGGGGAUCUUGUGAGAUGACGCUGGCAGCUACGAGAGUAGGAUUAAGCAAAUAACGGCCGGCAGGAAGGCGAGACACGUUUUAUUUCAACAAACGCCCUGCUGUCAAACACCUAAAGAAAAAUCGCACAGUUCCUUUCUUCAAAAUAAAAGCGCUGCUCCAUCCUGCCUGCGCUGACAAAAUAAGAGUCUCAGAAAGCUUGCAAGCUACGGAGUUUGCCGUCAAUGUAUUUCUAGUAAAGUGUAUAAAAAGGAGUAUGGAAACUGGACAAAUAAGAUGCCAGAAACCAACCACUUGUAUGGGGUAUUGGACAGAAAGGAGGCCUUUUUUUUGUCCUCCACAAUGUGAAUUCGAAAAUGUGGAACUUAUCAGCUCUCCUGUGAAUCUUCUCUGAUUCCAAUCGAUGCAAGUCAUCAGACUCGGGAAUUACACCAAUUUAUAUUUUUGUCUUCAUGAAAGAAAGGAA